AUGCAACAGUACGACAUGGAAAUUUCUAAUGAAGAAAUUAUCUCUGAAGAAGUACACAGUCUUUUUCACGAUGCGUGUAAAUCAGGAAAUAUUCGCUUGUGCAGAAUGCUGAUAGAAACUGGACGAGCAGAUGUAAAUUUAAUGGAUAGCGUAAGUUAUUCAAUGUCGUAUUUUUAUUCAACUAAAAACUUCAUAUUAUUCAUGUUGUAUGUAACUGGUGUUUAUAACAUGGUGUACGGUUGGGAUGGGGAGCAUUAA